AAUUGAUUCUUUUAGAAUAUAACCGUGUGAAUAGCUCUUUGUAUUAUGUAGUAUUUGCCAGUGUCGUUAGACUUAAUUGUAUUUUUUAAAACAGCUAAUAAAACACAGAACAGAUAAAUAAGUGCUACAAUGGCCAAUGCGGACUUUAGAAAGGAUGUAAUGCCGGUACGCCCAAGAAGCGUAUAUACAGCACAUUCUUAUAACCAGGAGGAAACAAGUCUAUCAACGUUCCAAGAUUACAGUAAAUUCCUGGAGGGUGGUCUCGGACAAGCUGAACUUGUCGGUGCUUCAGGCUGGCAGCCUCCUUGGAGAGCUCCGUUGCAACGCAAAGCGCCCUUCUACCCGGGAGAUGACAUCUUUCACGCUGACACGUGGCGAGAAUUGGAGGUUACUGAUGGAAUGGGAGGCGCAACCUAUAAUGUUUCCGUGACGCCGCACGGCACUGUCUGUAUGCGGUUAAGGGAUCGAGUUAAGGUGGAUAUGACCAUCGACGGGGCUGUGCGUUUGACUAACGCUAAAAAUAAUAUAAUACUUGCGUUAUCUCGUUCUGGAGCCUCUGCCGCUCUCAUCCACCCCAACGGCCGCGUCUACCAAUAUGGCUCCAGGGUCGAAAUUCAAGCGAGACACCAGCAAGGAAACAACAAGUAUGCCAAGAUGUGGUACAAGGGAGUGUCAUUCACAGCAGAGCAAUGUGCGCUGGUGUAUUUAGUAGACGCUGCCGGAACACGCACUACAACUGACACCUUCCUCGACAUGAGUCAAGAUUUCACGCUUAACGUCUUCUACAAUGAAUCUCGACACGGGCCGUCAUACGUGAACGAGGCGCUGUCUCUUCUCCAAGCUGUGCAGUAUUGGCUCACUGAUGAUGGUACCGAUAACUGGAUCAUUAAUAAUGUCCGAGUCAGCCAGACUUCGGAUGGGCUGGUUAGGGUUCAUCGCUGCAGCCACAAAUAUCAGCUGCGAACUAGUCCAAGCAAUGGUUCUGCCUCUAUCACGAGCCCCUUCCUCCAUUGCACGGCCUCUCUCGGACAGACGCAGCAUCUCUUCGUACGGCGCGGAGAAAGGCGUAUGCAUUUUGAUGGAAACUCCUUUAUAGUUCGCAACGCUGGCCAUUCUGCCGGCUUCGACGACAAGAACCAACUCAAGGUCUAUUGAACCUUCGUCGUCGUUUCCAAUACCUAUAUUAUCAUAGUAUUCAAUUCCAAUCAUUGUCUAACCAAUGUUGUACAGAACUACGCAGGCUUUUAUAUCUGCAACAUUAUAUCUAUUACGUACGUCAUGUAACUUUUGGUUAGCUUGAAACUAAUGUACGAGCUCUACAAAAAUUUCGGGUGUAUGUGUUUGUAAUAUACUAAGAUAUUGUAGUUGUUAGUAAUAACCGGUUUUCUCUAGUCUAAUUGCCGAUGUAAAUAGGAGCAUAUGUCGCUUUGUAUGAGGUCUGUAUGUUGAUGUCUAAAAUUGGUCGGAAUUAUUUUUUUGUAAACAUUUUUAAUUUGACUAAAUGUCACUCUUGGUAGUUAAGAACUAUGACCAAAGACUCGCUAAUAAUUAGUAUUUUUGGUGAAAGCUGUUUAAAAUGAGGUUGGUGUCGCUUUAGAUGAAUGUUUAUCAUCGGAAAAUAAAAUACCCAAUGCCAUCAGAUGAACUCCCAACGAAAUCGCUUCCACGUGCAAUGCUGACGAAGUGUUCGAUGUCAAUAUAGCUGAACGUUUCUCCAUUAAAUAUUAUUAACAACUAUAAAUAUAUAUAUAUACGUUUUGAAAGUAUAUGCUGCCAAGACCAUUUGUUCCGCUAUAUUCCAUAAGACUGUAAUAGUGAAUAAGACUAGAGUUAUGUUAAGUGUUAGAUUAAUCAAUGUCCCGUAACGUGUUCUAUGAUCUAUCAUUUUUAAUUUGUAUUGGUUUUUAUGAUUUUACCACUUCGUAGUUACUAAAGAGUAUUUAUAUUAUCCCCAUACGUGCAGUUGAUACUUUUCGACAUUUUAUUUAAUGCGUUGUUUGCACAAGCGUUACGUAAAGUCUGAUUUCCAAUGUUUUGGUUGGGUUUUGGAUUACUAUAACUUGAAAUUUUUUCACAACGCAUUAAAUUGAUACGAUUGCCUAAGUGUUAUUCCGAACUUGCUUAUACAUAAUGUAUUUCUCAGUACUAAAGAUAACAUGAUAGUUUAAAGAGAAUUUCAUCCUUUUACAACAAACAUGUUUAAAUAACCACAAUACAAUAAACGCUUCUUGGCAGUCAA